AUCUGAGAGAGGCAGAGAGGAAGGAGAGCUAAGCUGGAACAGACUCACCAGCAGGUGCCGAGGAAGUCUGAGCGAUAAGUGUCCUAAAACAAGGUGGUUAGAAAAAGGGUGAGCUAAAUGAUAAAAAUAAAGAAAGAGUAUAGUUAGAGUCUGCUUAUUUUUGGGGGCAAAGCUCGAGUCAACGUAUUAGAAAAUUUAAGCCACCCUUUCCCACCCUCUCUUUACGGAUUCUCCUUUCUUGUUCAUCUGCUGCUCUCCCUCUUCCCACUCUCCUCUCUGAUUGUCAGUGCCACCAUGGAAACUGGGAGCCCCAGGAAGAUACAGUUCACCGUCCCCCUGUUGGACACCCACCUGGACCCAGAGGCAGCAGAACAAAUUAGAAGGCGUAGACCCACACCUGCUACUUUAGUGGCAUCCAGUGAUCAGUCAUCACCAGAAAUAGAUGAAGAUCGACUCCCGAACCAGUUGUACAAGGCAGCCUUGUUGAAUUCUCCUCGCCAGCGACGAAAAGGACAAAAAGGAACUCCUACAAUGAAAGGUGGAGUUUAUUAUAAAGUCUUGUCAACAUCGAUCCAGUGCAUGUGA